AUGCCUUGUUUGUCGUGCAAAGGCCUUCUUCUGCGGCUAGUACGUCGACGCUUUCUGGCCUCUGACACAAAAUUGCACACUCCUCUGGACAGAUGCCUGUCGCUAUGGCACCUCAUCCUGUCGGGAAUCAGUUACAUGAUUGGAGCAGGUCUCUAUGUGCUGACGGGAACUUUGAUCCGAGAUCAUGCCGGACCGGCCACUUGUAUCUCCUUCCUGUUGGCUUCCAUUUCAGCCGUGUUCACGGCCAUGUGCUAUGCUGAGUUCUCCACUCUGGUCCCUCGUUCGGGCUCCUCCUAUUCCUACACCUACCUCAUGCUCGGUGAGCUGACAGCCUUCAUGAUCGGUUGGACGAUGAUCUCCGACCUACUCUUCUCCAUUGCGGCCAUCUCGAAGGCACUCAGCGGCACCAUCAACUGGAUGACGAGCGGUGCCAUCGCCACUUGGCAGAAUCAGACGCUCCCACAUCUGGCCAAGUCGACGAUGCUUGCGCCAACGCCCGAUCUGGUGGCGGCCGGCUUCCUCCUCAUCCUCUUCAUCAUCACCGCCUCGGGCACGCAUCGCUCCAUGACCUUCGGGGCCGUCGUCUCGGUGAUCCAGUUGAUCGCGCUGACGGUGAUGGCGAUCGCCUGUUUUGUCAUCGGCUCCGUCAAGAAUUGGACCGACUUUGGCGGUUUUAUGCCAUUCGGCCUGGCCGGGGUGUUGAACGGGUCUGGAAUCGCCGUGUUCGCUUUCUCCGGCUUCGAGGCCGUCUCGAACGCGAGUGAAGAGGCGAAGAACCCCCGACGUGAUCUGCCCAUCGCGAUGUUCGUCUCACUCGCCGUCGUCACUUUCAUCUACCUCUUCUCCUCCCUUGGACUCUCCUUCCUCGUGCCCAAAGAUAUGAUCGACUAUAGCUCACCCUUUCCGGCCGGCUUCGAGUUGGCCGGGCAGACCGGCAUGAUGUGGUUUGCCGCCGUGGCCACCCUCCUGGCAACUGGUGCCACCAAGGUCGUCUCCAUGUUCGUGAUUCCGCGCAUGUUCUACUCCAUGGCUUCUGAUGGUCUCAUCUUUAAGUGCCUCAGUCUGCUGGAACCGCGGACAAGAGUGCCACUGCUCGGCCUCGUAGUCGGCACUCUUAUCUCCAUCCUUCUGGCGCUCUUCUUCAACGUGGAGACUCUGGCCGAUUUCACGUCGAUCGGCAUCCUCUUCUGCUACUUCAUCAUAGGAGUAGAUCUGCUGGUUCUGCGCUACAUUUUCGUCGACAAGCAACAUCUGCUGACCGCCUCCUCGGGCCCUGGCUCGUAUGGAAGUGAGCUCGAGCUGGAUUUGCAUAAAAGCGAAAAAGCCAAGCUGCUUGACGACAGCACAUCCCGAUUGGGGCUUCUUCCAAUUCGAACGUUUGCAAAGCCCCUCGUCCAGCUGCUGCCGUCCCUCGAGACCAACUUCGGUUUCAAGUUCAUCCUAACUGCUUUUAGUCUGGCCCUACUCAUCUUCUCCAUCGGCUUGAAUUACGCGCUCAAGCACUUUGUCGUCUGGUCCUAUUGCCUGACGGCCAUCUUUGGCGCCAUCAUGCUGGUCGCAUUUCUUCUGCUCUGCAUUUACAAGCCGAAAGUAUAUCCCAAUUGUUAUGAGGUAUGUAGAGAAUUGUUGAGCUUACUUCCAUUUUGA